CAGAUGGCUGUUGAAUUGAGGUUUCAAAUAAUAUGUCGAAGCACGAAACGCCGCCUAGCUGUACUAUAUAAACGCUAUUUACAAGCAUGAAUGAAAAUGACACAAACACUUAUUAUUAGCUGCAAUAAUGAUGAAUAUGAGAACACCCUGUGCUCUAUUGGCACUUGCAUCAUACGCAAACGCCAAGGCAAUAUCUGGACGCGGUGCUGGAUCUUCCGCACCUAGUAUAUGUAAUCUCGCUUGGUCCAACAGUGGUGCAGCUAAGAGCACCGACUGUACUGGUGCUGAAUGGAUAUUCUCGUCGUCAAGCGAUAAUAGCGAUGUAGUGACUGCGGGACUUGCAGAUUCGUUCAUCACUUCUAUGAUAUACUUGUCUGUUGGCACUGUGCAUGUCGACAAUCCUGCAGAUCCCAGGUUAAAUGAUUAUAUCUGGCAAGCGAAUGAUGACUUGGAUGGUGAUGGGAAGUCCUGGGGAGACUAUUGGUUUGACCCUGAUGACCUGGUCUCCAAAAUUUUGCCCAUCAUGAAGGAUAUCAUGGACGACUACAAAGCAAAAGGCUACGAUGCAGUCAGCACAGAUAAUGCAAAACCAUCGACAGCAGUGUCGGACAAUGACGAAAUUGCUGCCAGGGCUCGUGAAGAACAAACAAUCGAUCAACGCUACGUCGAUUACAUGAACGGAAUUGUAGAUUAUGCACAUUCUAUUGGCUUAAAGGUGGCUUUGAAGAAUCCAUCAUACUAUACUCAAGAGGACACUCUGAUACAUAAAUUCGAUGCGUAUAUCGUUGAGUCUAUGUUUAAUUGGUAUCCAUCCGAUGUCAACAAUUACAACAGUGUCCCUGAUCUGCUCACGGGGUCCAAACCCUUCUGGGUAUUUCAGUAUGAGGAAAUCAACGAGGUGAGUAACUCGGAACUUCGAGAACGUAUGGUGGAGCAAGGCGUGGAUAUGACUUACAUGGAUACCAGUCACGGCUGGGUAGAAUUCUAUGCCACGGAUUAGCGGUAGUAAUAAUUGUAAAUAAUCUUAGUGCGUAAGUACACAGUGCUGAACACGCACUUAUGCCUCCACUGCAAUAUCCUUGCACCCUGAACUGUCUUGAGCAGUUCCAAUUCAAAGUACAAUCUCGAAAACUAUACACUUAUAACCUAUACUAAUACACAUAUUAAUCUGCCAAUCGCUAUAUAUUGGUACAAUACCCAACAAUAAAAUAAAACCGAAUACUUCAC